UAAGGCUACAUUUAAAGGAAAAAAUAAUGCUAAAGGAGCAGAACUGUAGCUUAGCAAAUAAAUAAGAGUUAGACUCUGGCCAGUAGUACACAGAUCACAAGUUUUCCUAGGUUGUUAUGAUGUAGAAAGUGAAGUAGAAAUAUGUCAUAAAAGUCAUUGUCUUCUAUGUCAAAUGUCAAUCACAGGUGUAUUUACAGGCUUGGAGGAAUACCAUGACAAAGAAAACAGAGGUCUCUGAUUAAGGAAUUUUGGUUCCAGAAAGUUUAUACAUGUCGGAUUAGGAGCAAAAAGUCACAGUACUGGACUGUUGAAUGUUUCCAGAUUAUCAGAGGACGAUAAUACAGCCGAUACAGAAUAUACAGGUACCCCUGAGGAGAACAUGAGAGCAGCAAAUAAACAGUGGGUUCAUCCACCAGAUGCUCUUACAAGAGGACAUAUAGUGUAUAAUGUCAAGUUUCUUGGAGAAACCGAGGUGGAUCAACCGAAAGGUACAGAAGUUGUUAGAGAUUCAAUCAGGAAGAGGAAGUUCAAUAAACAUAUAAAGAAGGCUGAAGGCCAGAAAACACCCAAAGUAGAACUUACAAUAUCUGUUGAUGGAGUCACUAUACAAGACCCCAAAACAAAGAUGACACAUCAUUCCUAUCCACUCCAUCGAAUAUCUUACUGUGCUGAUGACAAAACAGAUAAAAGAAUGUUUACAUUUAUUGCCAAGUCAGCAGAUUCUAACAAACAUUACUGUUAUGUCUUUGACAGUGAUAAAUGUUCAGAGGAGAUAACCUUAACUAUAGGACAAGCUUUUGAUCUAGCCUAUAAAAAAUUCUUAGAUACAAAUGGAAGAGAUCUAGAUUUGAAGAAUGAAUAUAUUACAUUACAGAAAAAGGUAAAGUCUUUAGAACAGGAGAAUCAGACAUUGAAGAAAAGGGUUGAAGAAUUAGAACAGCUUAAGGAUAGAGAUGAUAUUGUACAGUAUAAAAAGAGUCAACAGAUUAUUGAUUUGACUGUUGUUACUAAGCAACCUGGUCCUGCUGUUGCUAAUGGUCAUCCCACCCAUGUGAUUUUAAGUGAUUCUACAUUACAAGAGGAAAGUUCUACAGAUGAUAGUAAAAAUGUAACAGAGGCAGAUGUGACAUUUAGUACAGGAUGGGAGUCACCACGACUGGAGUUUGUCAAUGGAACUACAACCAAGUCAUCAACAACAAAUGGAAAUAGUCCAUCUGCUACAGGGCUAAUUUCUCCACCACCUCCCAGUACAAGACCAAGGACGCAAGGAUCAGUUUCGUCACCAACAUUACCAUUGAGUCCAGCUGGAUAUCCUGAUGCAGUGGAUGCUUUUGGUGCAUCAUCAUUUAAUCCACAGCCUGCCAGUGCUGAUCCAUUUGGUAUGGCAGCAUUUAAUCCAUCAUCACCUACAAAAUUUAAUCCAUUCACAUCAGAUACAUUGUCUGUGUCAUCAACAGAGAGAGAAUUACUUGAUAUUCAGGCUGGUUUUAGUCAGGGACUCUCAUUUGGUACAGAAGACUUUAAUUUAGCUGAUCUGGACCCAUUAAGUCAAAAAUAAUCAUCGGAUGUGGAACAUACCAAUAGUGUGCUAUGAAUGUUAAAUCUGCUGGCAGACAUAAGCAUUUAUGCUGAAGGACCAGAUUAUUACACAACUAAUUUUCCUGUUGAAAUUUGAUAAAAAGACAUACUAUUAUGCAUUAGAUCUACAUGUAUAUUAUGAUUCUAUUGAUGCUGCAAGUCAUAAUAAUUAGACUAGUGAAAAAUAUAUUGUUGAACAUUCAUUCACAUGUUAUUUUGUAUUAAUGGAAUAGUGCAAUGAUUGCUUUAUAGUUAAAGGUGAAAUACUGAUUUACUCUCUGAAGGAUUUUCAACAAUGUUGUAUUCAUAUACUUAAACAAAGUGUCACACAUACACUGUUUUGUAUAUUACAAUGAUGGAAUAUAAAUGAAGUAUGAGACCAGCUAAAGUUUAACAUAAUAAUUUAUUAAAGAUUCAAAAUACGUAUCAUGUGACGCAUAGUGAGAAGAUUCAAAAUAUGUAUCAUGUGACACAUCAUAGUGUAAAGAUUCAAAAUAUGUAUCAUGUGAUGCAUCAUAGUGUAAAGAUUCAAAAUAUGUAUCAUGUGAUGCAUAGAGUAAAGAUUCAAAAUAUGUAUCAUGUGACACAUAGUGUUAAGAUUCACAAUAUGUAUCAUGUGACGCAUAGUGUUAAUAUUCAAAAUAUGUAUCAUGUGACGCAUCAUAGUGUAAAGAUUCAAAAUAUGUAUCAUGUGACACAUAGUGUAAAGAUUCAAAAUAUGUAUCAUGUGACCAAUAGUGUAAAGAUUCAAAAUAUGUAUCAUGUGACGCAUAGUGUAAAGAUUCAAAAUAUGUAUCAUGUGAUGCAUCAUAGUGUAAAGCUUCAAAAUAUGUAUCAUGUGAGUGACAACACAAACACAUAAAGAAAAUAACUUUGUUAUUUGCAACAAGUAUACUGCUGAUAAAUCUUAGCUUUUAAAGCAUAAAGGGUAACUUAUAGAUGUAGAUAUAAACUGUUAAAAAAAAUGUAAAUGAAAAUUAAGCUGUAAAUGAUUCUAUGAAACAUCGAAUUAUAUUGUAAAUCUAUUUUGAGUUGCAAGUGAUAAUAGUACUUGCAUUAAUAUGUGUUAGUAUAAGCUGCUUACUGGUGCUUAGCUUACUAUAUUCAUAUCUCAAUUUCACUUUACAGAUCAUAUUUAUCCCAACUGAGUGAAUAAGACAUAAGAAUAAAUCCUUCUGUAUAAUCAAAUAUUUCUAUUGUGACACCUGUUUUCUAUUAUUUAUUAAUGAAACACAUGCUUUAGAUUUAACAAGAUUGUAAUUAUACUUGUCUUAACUAGAGAACUAUUCUGAUAAACCUUUACUGUACAGAACUAAGUGACAAAAAAUAUGUAGUUUUAUUAUUAGUACAAAUCUUUACCAUAAGAAUUAAGUCACAAAGAAUAUGUACAGUUUUAUUGUUAGUACAGUGUUCAUUAUAAUAAGUACUUCAUUUACAGUAAUAAAAUAUGUUACAGUUA